AUGGCAGAGUCACAUUCAAAUGGAAAAAGUGAACCAUCCUCACCAUAUAAAAAAACUAUGGAUCGUCCACUUUCUGGAAUAGCUUUAUUUGGUCCGAGAAAUGAACUUUUCGGUGAAAUGAAAAACCGACUAAAAUUAAGAUCAACUGGACAUUCAGAUACUAAAGAAUCGACUUCAGAAAUGUCAACAAACAAUUCAGUUGAACAGCAAGAACCAUCUUCAUAUGAUACUGCAUCUUCUAGCACGUCCGCCAAUUCAAGUCCCAGAUCAUCAAUAUGUGAUUUUGAACAAUCUGAGUCGAAAACAGUAUCAGAUAAUUUAUUGAAUCGUGCACGUAAACCUCCUACACGAAAACCGACCUUGGAUCGUUGCUUAGAUUUAAUUGAUGUACAGACUGGAUACUCCGACAACUACUUUUGUGUCCAACCCUUCUCAUAA